CUCUCUCUGACUGCAGUCAGUCAGUCACCGUCUAUUGCCGUCGUCGUAGUGCUUGUGUCCGUGUAGAAUUUUUUAAAAAAAUAACGAGCGCUUCAUGUGAUUAAAAAAAUUAAAAUUAAUUUAAGAACACACACACACAUAUAUUUUUUGUAGACGUUUUAUUAUUGUUAAACCGUUGACUAUUUCGUGUAAAGUGAAAAAGUUUAAACACUAGACAUUUUAUUACACUCAGUAAUUUGGAUAACUCUUAUAAAAACUGUUCUUGAGGUGAUUAUUGCAAUGUUGUCAGAUAUAAUGAUGCGAAGAUAGAGCUCGUGAGCAACGAGUGUUAAACUACUCAAACCUUGCAAUUUAUAGAUUUUGUCUUGGCCACCAGACGCUCUCAUUACCAAAAGGUUGAUACCGUAAAAUGAGAGUCACGGUUUGGCGGUCAGGUAAUGAACAACAACAAUCGACUUCGGCGACAACAUUUAACCAACGACAAUCAACCAACUGGGAUUGUGGAAUUGGAAACAGCUCUACGUCAGGCUUCUAUUAACGAGUACCAGUCUAUGACAGUACCAUUAGGUCCGUUCGCGGUGAAAUCUUCUACGUCCGGUAAUCUGACGUCUACCGAUACUCAGAUGGCUGCAUCUGUGGCAGUUCUUGAGAUGUUCCAACAACAACCGUUUGGACACCAUCAUCAUCAUCAUAGACCUCAUCAUCGAACCCAUAAUAAGUUUGCAAGCAUUUCAGCAGGCAGUGCUUUAUCUAAGUCGAUGAAGUACGCGGAUGGAUGGCUUUAUGAUCGCGGUACAGUCGGACAUGGAGGCCAAAAAUCACGCAGUACUUUUUUAGGCCGUGAACAGUUUGAUCCAGAAGCUGUAGCAGCUCUAGUCAUCGGAGGACCUAUACCUUUGACCUGCACUGAAGAUCCAUAUGAUCGUGUCCGUAAAAAUAGAAUGACCACGUCAGCUGCCACGGCCAAGUGCGACCUUAUGCGCAAUAGAAGUUGUUCACCACGUACUCCUUCACCUGAUUAUGAUGACUCCGGGGGAGGAGGAGAGGGAUGUGGUCGACGAUCGAUACUCGAGUGCAAUGUUAACCCGUACGACCUUUUGCGAACCCCAGAUGACGAAGAUGAGUCCCCCAAGCGAUUGUCUUUAAAAGACAAGUUUAUGAAUAAAAUACAAGAUAGUGUGUUUCAUAAAAGAGGUCUGGCCGCCAAGAAAGUCACAUGUACAUCUCCUACCAGGGUUAAUGGUGGUAUCAAUAUAGCCGGACAUACAGUGCGACUUUUUGAUGGUAAAUUAUCGUCAGCUAGUGAUAAAAAUACGACAACUACAUCUUCUGUGUGGUAUGAUGACGGUUCAGCUGAAGACGCAUUGACACAUUUUACACAUGUGUCAACAUCUGAAGUUAAGCAGAAAACGCUAAAAUCAGAAUCAUUGCAAGAUCAAUCACCAGUUAGGCCACCUCGUAGACGAAGUAAACCGACCGGAAGGAGUGUGUCUGGCCCAGCCAAACGGUCGCAUUCCCUAACGGCUGGUACUUUACCAUAUGUAGAAAUCAAAUCGAUAUUAAAAAAGCCAGUGUCACUUACUACGGACGAUUUAAGUCCUGUGAGAACGACACGGUCGUUAAUUGAGUCCACAACUGACGAGGAUCCUUUGUGUUCUUCUUCUUUCAUACCACAGAAAAAAACUAAAAAACAAGUACAAUUUGAUAUCAAAUUGGCGGCCUCGCCAGCUGAGGAAAUACCAAACGAGGCCGACGAUCGAGAACGGAAAGAUAUCAAAAAGGACGAUUAUCAAAAUGGUAUGAAAGAUGAAAAUAAUGAGAUCGCGAAUUUACUAACGGGUGGGGUUUUUGUUGAUCGUAAGCUUAAGAGAAGUCUUAGUGAUAGACAGACUUCCAGUAAUGGAUCGAACUCAAUGGGAGCACCAGACGAGGUUACAGUUUUUAAUGACACUAUGCGAAUUCACGUGCGACAUAAGAACAGACCGGAUAGUAGAUCAGUGUUUGAAAGGCCAUCCAAUCCACCACCACCCCCACCUUCAAAAGUCAAAACCGAAAAUAUAGGCACUGUAGUUGAUCCUUCAAUUACUGAACUAUAUUGUAAUGGUGGUAGCACUAAAACUAUUGUACAAGUAUCGCCACCCAACGAUGAUUCGCAGUCGAUAAUAGCUGAACAAAAAACUUCUAUAUUAGUAAAUACGUCAACUUCAGGUCGUCUCAAAACAUCAGUUAUUAUUGGCGAGGGUGGAUCUGCCUACGCCGCUUCGUCUGAUAACAAAGUGACUAUAAGUAUAGGACCCACUAAAGUUGCAUCGUCGCCCACGACCAACAACUAUAGGAGUAAUGUCGUUCUUGGAAUGUCGUCUAACGGUAUGUCUGAAUUUAUUAAUUUAAAUUAUGAUCCUGUUGAGGCAGCUAGGUUGGAUGUGAUACCACAUAUUUGUGGACGACCUAAUAGAACGCAUCGUAAUAGACCAUUAGUAAACCCAUAUAGAGUGUCAGAAAUUCACAAACAUAUAGAAGUAUCAGACACGGAUGACUCAUCAGAGUCAUGUUAUGCCUCAGCAAAAGAAGAUGUCUCAUAUUCUUCUACCGAAGCUAGUCUUCAGUAUAACGAUUCGGAUCCUAUAUAUGAGGAGAUACCAGAAACACCCCCGCCCUUGCCGUCGUGUCCCCCCCCUGAGAGAUGUGAUUUUGAGGCAGCUGCUCUUCCAUCACGUUCUAUUUUUGAAGGUGCUACUAAAUAUGACAUUAUCAAUUACCUGGUGGAUGCUAAAAGACGGUGUAAUGCAUUGCAAGAUGCUAUACCACAUACUAAAUUUGCAACUCUUGAAGACGAACAAGAUAUUGUUUCUGCUACAGUAGCUGUCACUGCUGCUGCGGAGUCGGAUAGUGGAAAUGGAGCCAACUGUAGUGACUCAUCUAGUGAAGAAUACGGACAUAUACAUCACGAUACGGGAGCUAUCCCUGGAAAAAAAUCAUCUGUCGAUAUAGAACGUAAUGACUCUGGAGUAGGUUCAGAGACAAGUCAAAGUUCUAGAAGUAAGUGGCAACAGCAACAUGAAACUCAACACAGCUGUGAGGAUUGUGAUCAGGCUGUAGAAAUACAAACUACUGACGGAGGAAUCAUGUUCGCACCUUUGGUCUGUCGUAAAUGUCACAAGCGAAGAGCUGAAAGACGGGAGAUCAUUGCUGAAAUUGUAGAAACGGAAGAGAAGUAUGGUCGAGAUUUGGACAUAGUUAUGGAAGAGUUUUAUAGGCCUAUGAUGGUAGCUGGACUACUCAAUGCAGAACAAUUAUCCGCUGUGUUCCUCAACGUUGCCGAAUUGCGUGAGCAUAGCACUGCCUUAUCUCAGAAGCUGCGAGAUGCCUACGAGAUAGCCAUAGAACAAGGAGAUGACGACUUGCUCACCGUCAACAUUGGCCGACUGUUCCUCGAAGCAUCGUCUUCCAUGCUUCAUGCGUUUCAAUCGUACUGCACCCGACAAGGUAACGCGGCUCUACUAUUAGCUAAUUUAGAGAAAGAAAAAGAGUUGUUGCGAAUAUUCUUGCGGGUGUCGCAAAUGGAAAACGCCGUGCUCCGCCGGAUGAACCUCAACAGUUUCCUAAUGGUGCCCGUUCAACGCGUGACGAAAUAUCCGUUGCUCUUAGCCCGUCUGUGCAAAGUCACGCCAGAACAUCAUUUGGAAGCCCGGCAGACGCUUAACGAGGCGCGACAUAAAAUUCAGCUACAUUUAGAGCAUAUUAAUUCACUGGCAAAAGACAUAAGUUCGACUAAGUUAUGGCGAAAGAUUUAUGCGAUCAAUGGUAAGCGACCGGACAGUGAAGAUUUCGCAGACAUAAAAUUUCGUAAAGUGGCAGUCGAUGUGCUCGAAUGGUCCGGUUUAGGCGAAGAGAUCAGAUUUGCAAUGGAAGGACGUCUCUUGUAUACUCAACCGUCGGAUCACAAUUGGCGUAAAGCUGGUAGAACCAUUAAAUUGUUACCGAUAAAUGCUAUCAUAGCCACUUUAGGAAAACCCAACGAAAAUUACAAUCCCGAUUCAGAAGACGUGGGUUUCCCUAAACAAAAUGGUAUCCGAGACGUCUCAUUGGUAUUGUUGAAAGAGAAAAGUGGCCGAAUUAGUCUUCUGAGGGAACCCAUGUACUUGGACCGUUGUGUGGUAUGCUGCGAAAAUGAUCUAGAAGAUUACUUUGAACUUCACGAGAUUACAACAAAGGAUACGUACAUACUUAAAGGCCAAGAUCCUGAACAAACCAAAAUGUGGUAUAAACAGUUGCAGUACCAUUGUCAGACGAUGGGAUGUUGGAGAAAGAGGCGUAACGCUUUGGCUAAUAUAAUGAUCAAUAAAAAUUGAAGUUAAUACUUAAGACAAAUUCAUUUUUCCUAAUUUUCAAUACCAAAUAUUACAAAACUUCAAUCUGAAUACUAGAUAAUAAUUAUAGAAUCUUCGUGGCAGACGUUACCAAAAUAUAUUUGAAUGAAAUUUAAAUUUUAAAUAUAUUUCUUCUAAUAAUCAUAACAUUAAUAAUUAUUUUUUCAUGAACACAAUCGCCUUUUGUUUAAUUGUACAAUAACUAUAAGUAAAUAUUUAUCUUCUCAAUUAAAUUAUGUUGGAUAUUUAUGUGAGUUAUUUUAUUUUAAUAACUAGUGUAAGAAAAUUAAAUGUAAUUAGCUUUUGUCGUAAAUGUAAUAUGUAAAAUUUGUGUAACAAAAAAAAGCUGAACUUACAUAAUUGCUUAAAAUUAUUUUAUAGAUUAAUUGUUCCUCACCAUGGAUU